GGGAGUGGGGGAUGGGGGCGCUGCCUGGUCCGUCUUUCCCCUGCCGUGUCCCCUUUUCUCAGCUCGGCGCAGACGCCAUGUUGGUUUGAAAGGAAGAUGACAAGAGGCGGCGGCGGGAGCGGCGGCGGCGGCUGCGGGCGGCGAAGGGUAGCCGAGAGCGGCUCUCUCUGAGGGGCGGGGAGGGGUGGAAAAGAGAAGCCGAACUGUUUCGCUCUUCGCCCCUCUUUUCCUCAGAAGCGCCGGCUUCCGAGGGAGGAAAGAGAAGGGCGAGCAGCCCCGCCGCGUCAGCUGAGGGGGGUUUCCGUUAACCGCCUGCUGCCGAGGGAGCCCCUGGAGGACGGCGAGGAAGAGGCGGCGAAGGGUCUGGAGAGAGAGGAGCGGCGGCGGCGAUGAGGAGAACAGAGACCUGAGGAAGGAGAGGCGGAGGGGGCGGCGAGCGCUGCUGCUGCUGCUGCUAGAAGAGGCGACUGCAGUUUAAAUCCCCCCUUGAGCUGCUGCCGCCGCCGCUGCAGUUUGAGGGGGGAGAGUGUCGUUUCUUUUGACGCCCCCCUCCUUUCCCCCCACCUCCGCCCUCCUUCCCCGUUCGGGUGUUUUGUUCUGGUUGUUUUUUUUGCAAAAAAAAGAAUAAACGUCUAAAGGGAACCGAGAGGACCGAGAAGAGCCCGCCCCAGUCUCUCCCUCAGCCUUCCUUCACUUGGAGAGAAUCGGUGGGUGGAAACGAAAAAAAAUUAAAUAAAAAAACCACCCCCCAACAACUUCGGCUCCAGGGAAAGAGGAAGGUCGCCUUACUUCUCUCUCUGCUCGGAGUGCCUGCCUGCCUGUCGCUCGUUUUAAUGAGGAGGUGACUCGGGCGCAGAACUAUCCUCUGAAUCAUCCUCGUCAUUCAUUAUUGGUCUAGGCUGGAGAGGAAGAGCGAGAGGGGGAAGAGAGAAAAAGCUUGUACACAAUUCAUGCCCUUGUGUAUUUCUUUCUGGUCUACCUGGCACCGCUGGUGUUGGUGUUUGUGCUGCUGACGACAAGGAUCUGCUGCCAUCUCUGGUUUCCCUGGUGUUUCCGAUCGAGCCUUUCAACACCAGUUCCUCUUUGGAUUUUGAUCCCCUCGAUCCACAGUUUCCUUGCCGUAGUUUAGGCGAAAAUAAAUCUCAGAACUUAACAGACGCACACCAAAGAUUGGUUAGCUGGAAGAUCGUCUUGGCUGGCUGGCUUUUUUCUAAAAAAGAAAUAUUAUUCUGUACUUUUUGAAACCAUCAGGGUAAUAUCAAGAUGUCUAGCAGUGUUCCAUCUGAUAUGUUUUCCCCCUGUGGUGAGCGCGCUUUGAUAAAUUUGCGCCUCAUUUUGGUAAGCGGAAAAACGAAAGAAUUCUUGUUUUCACCCAAUGACUCAGCAGCAGACAUUGCAAAGCAUGUAUAUGAUAACUGGCCAAUGGACUGGGAAGAAGAGCAAGUAAGCAGUCCAAAUAUUCUGCGACUUAUUUAUCAAGGACGGUUUCUUCAUGGCAACGUGACAUUAGGAGCAUUAAAACUUCCUUUUGGCAAGACGACAGUGAUGCAUUUGGUGGCUAGAGAGACGUUGCCAGAGCCAAACUCUCAAGGUCAGAGGAAUCGUGAAAAAACUGGAGAGAGCAAUUGCUGUGUGAUCCUGUAAAAUCUCUGCUGUAUCUACUACUUGUGAUGUAUAAUAGUUUUCGUCUUUCAUGCCGCUGGACUAGAGGAGACCAACAUUGCUUCAAACACCCUUAGGACAAGCCUGUCUGAAUCCAUUGAACUGAAAUAUUACAUGAACGCUGUCACUUUUUUUUUUCUAGAACAAUGAACACUUUUUUAUUUCUACGUUUUAGGUUGUUGAACAAGCUUAUUAAUACAUCACUUCUCCACUUCUCCAAUGCAUUCUCUCUCCAAGAAAAGGUUAACUAUUCUCAACAGGAAUCAUAUUGCUGCCAUAAGAUCAUCCUUAACCUGAACUUUAACCAAUCAAGAUUUCUAGAUGCAAUUUGCACUAAAAAUGGUUGACGAUAUAUAGACCUCAUCAUCAAAAGCUCUUAAGUAUUUCAAACACAGAGAAAUGAAUCAGCACUGGAAAAUACUAUCAGCAGUCUUAUUCUUUAAAUUCAGUAACGGCCAACUGAAAGGGGGGGAAAUAACUACUAAGUAAGUAAAUUCUACCUAAGUCAACCUUGGUGGCCAAACUGGCACAAAAUACUAACUAAAAUUGUCUGACUAUAGACAUAUAUAUAUUUUCACUGCAACAAACUAUGUGCCUGUAAUCUUAAAGCACUCUGUAGAGGGCUGUUGAAACUGAUUUUUUUCAUUGAUAUGCACUCUUCUCGUACAUUAGUUGAGUGCUUGUUCAGACAGCACAAAUAAGUGCAGAGAGUGCAUUUCCUAGCCUUAAUAUGGGAGGGGCAAUUUCCUGUAGUUCAUAGGCUUUUAUUAAUGUGCAUAAAUAUUAGAAGACCUCAUUUACUAAUCAAUUUUAUGUCUUUGAAUAUCAGCAAUUGAUGUUUUUCAAUCAUUCUUAUUCAUCCGUACCUUAGUGUCCAGUGUCAUGCUUACUCAUUAGUGACUUCAAACAAAUAAUUAAAAGGAAAAAUGAAAAAAAGAAAAGAAAAACCUCUGCCAUAUGAUGAGAUUUUGUUUGUUUAUUUUAUGUGCAUUUGGUGUUAGUGCUUGCAAUUGUAUUGGAAAUCAAAAACUGGUUUUUAAAGCAUACAUAUUUAGAAAGGAUGCCAUUCGUUUUCUUCAUAUAAUUUAAAAAUUGAUAUGCUAAAAAAAAUUGCACAGCACUAAAGCAUGAGUUAGUUUCAUCUAAACCUGUAAAAAAAUAUAAAAGAUUUUAUAUUUUUCCGCUAGGGAGAAAUUCUUCCUAGUUGAAAUUACAAAUGUGUAGAAUAUAUUUAAUAAAAAUCUUAUAAAAACAUAACUAUAGAACUUAAAUAUAGAUUGGAGUGUAGAAUAAUACAACAAUAAUCCAUAUAAAUAGCUCUAGGCUUUUAAGAAAAAAUUGCAGGUUGACAUUUGUGUUCUGUACUUGAGUCCAUGGCCCUUACAAACGUUCUGUGUUUUCUGAAUGAUCAACUUCAUUUAAAUGUAAUCAGGUUAUUUUAUUCAAUGUUAUUGCUUUGACAAAAUGCUUUAUAUGCAGUAGGCCUACAAAGAUAUUGUUCAUAAUGAUCAAAAUUAAAUUUGUAUAGAGCAGAGUUUUAAAACAAAUUGUAAAUAGCACUAAACAUUUUCUUUCUGCAACCUGUACUGAUAGAUUCUUCUCUAAACUAAAUAAAAGAAGAAUAUUGUA